AUGUCCACCCCAUCCCAACCCCUUGACAUUAAGAUCAUCGGCGGCGGAAUUGCCGGCCUGUCGACUGCACUCUCCCUCCUCGCCGCCCCCAACAAACACUCCCUUCCCUACACCAUAACCAUCCUCGAAUCCGCGCCCUCCCUCUCCGAACUCGGCGCCGGAAUCCAGCUCAACGCCAACGCAACUCGCAUAAUCCACGGCCUUGGUCUCGAAAAGGAAUUCGCUGCCGUUGCGAACAAGCCCGGCAUCAUGGAAGUCAGGCGAUACGCGGACGAUAGGGUCAUUGGGGAAUUGCAGCAGAAUCCGGAGUCUGAGUGGCUGUACGAGUAUCCGCAUUGGCAGGUGUAUCGGCCGGAUUUCCAGAGGUUGCUUGCGGAGGCGGUGGAGAGGAAGGAGAAAAAGGGGGAGGACAUUAAGAUUUUGUUUAAUCAGAGGGUUCAGCAUGUGGAUCAUGAGACGGGGACGAUUACAUUUCAAGACGGGAGGACAGAGAAGGCGGAUUUGGUGAUUGCUGCUGAUGGCUUGAGGGGCAAGAUUCGAGAGAUGAUUCCUGGCAAUGAGGGGAUCAAAGCGAGGCCUUUCCAGGAAUACUGUUUCCGGACGGUGGUGCCUAAGGAGCGAAUGGACCAGUUCCCUGAGACGAAGGAGUUGAUGAAAGCGGGAGGAUUGAUGGUGUGGUGUGGCCCCGGCAUCGCCAUGCUAGGGUACCCGGUCAACGCCGGGAACUUAUACAACAUCGUGCUUUCUGUGCCCAGGCCGGCAGAUGGUGAUCUGGUGGGCAAAUGGUCAGAAGAGGGGGAUCCUGCGGAAGGAGCGGAAUUGUUGAAGUCCUUUAAUGAGCGGUGCCGGAAAGUUUGGAGUUUGGUGACAGAGUGCAAUAAGUGGACGUUGGGGGAUUUGCCGCCUUUGAAGACGUUUGCGAGCGAGUCCGGGAGGUUGUGUGUUAUUGGAGAUGCUGCACAUGCUAUCUUACCCCACUCCGGCCAAGGCGGCGCCCAAGCCCUCGAAGACGCCGCUUCCCUCGCAACCGUCCUCUCCUCCCUUCCCUCCGCCGAUGCCCUCUCCACCACCCUCUCAACCUGGAAUACCCUCCGCCAAAACCGCAUGGUCGGCAUCCGCCGCUACGCCUCUGGCAACCAACAAUUCCUCACCAUGCAAGACGGUCCCGGGCAAGAAAAACGCGAUGAGCUGUGGGGCGCGAUGACAAGGGCGUGGAAGAAGGAGUUAGAAGAGCUAGGACCUGAGGGGGUAAGAGGGAAGCCUAAGCCGAAGGCUGAUCCGGAGAGUAAUGAUAUGAGAAGUCCAGGGACACGAAUGUGGGUUUUCGGAUAUGAUGCUGUUGGGGAGGCGAGGAGGGCUGUGGAAGGGGUGGGUGCGUAG